UCCCGCUUUUCGUGCUUUCCCACACCGACCGGGCGCGGAAAACUCGUAUCUUAAUACUGUAUUUACAACAACGGAAUGUGAACUUUAUAACUUCUUCUUCGCGUUGAAAACUAUGGUUCUCUAUCUCUCGCAUUCAAAUGGCUGCUAUGAAGAAGCUGUUAGGCUUUCGCCAAUUAUCUCUCAAUUGUGACAACUUGCAACCGCCUGCGAGAAAACACACGCUAAAAAAACAAUUUUCCGAAGAGAGAAGAAGCUUCAAAGAAUGGUCCGACGAUCUAAACAUACAAAUCAACUUGAACGACAGGAGUCCUUUCAUCAAACACGCUUGGGUCGAUCCGAUUGACACCAUCAACGAUGAACCGGUCAUCAUUAAAAAAUGCACCGAAAACAGAAGAUCGUCCUCUGGAAAAUUGACCAGACAAGCUUCAUUAGAAAACGAUUCUCUACUAACCAAACAAGAUUUCCAAAAUCGCCUAAGACAGAAUUUAAAACCCACCGAAGAAAAACCGAAUCUUAAGAUAUUUCUAUCGCAAAAUCAUCAAGAAUACGCCGACCACGAUCAUCCGAAUCCAAAAAUCAUCAAACCUUUAACCGCGGGAAUUUCGAUCAAUGAAAAAAACUCUUUUAAGCUGAGAAAAAACACUAAACCUAAAGCUACUGCAGAUACCUUCUGGCAAGUGCCAAAUAAUAAGAAAACUGAUAAUGAUGUUAAUAAUAGUAUACCAGAUACCAGUAGAUCUUUGUCUGAUGGUGACCAGUUGGGACACGAAGAGGUCAGUAAUGGUUACGUCAAGCCGAUCGCUUCUGUUAUUAUAAGACCCACGACUGCUGCUUCUAAGAGAGAGAUGUUCCAGAAACGUACAAAUUCUGCUUUUAAUACAACCUUUAAUAAAGAUGCUCAAGACCAAAGAAAGCCAAGACGCCCAUUGAUCAGAUCCUCGUCAGCUCCUUGCAAACCAGAACACUUAAAAUCGAAGUUAAUCUUCCAAAAGCACAGGAAAACGUUCAAGAAAAUUCAACUGAAAACCACGCCCAAAACGUACGACAUAGACAAGAACGAAGAACAUUCCAAAGGACAAAACGAUAGUCCUGUGCCAGGAGCAGACGUGGUUACGAUGGUGUCGUUGACUAGUCCUGCGGGCAGUGAUUGCGAAGAGGAAGAGGCUGAGGAUGUUAAGCUAAAAACGAAGAAUGUCAAUUUCGAAAAAACAACCGAGCCAAAUAAACCCACGCCUAAAAUUAUGUCCUUGAGGAAGGCUGUUAAGACUGGUAAGUACUAUUACGUAAAAAUAAAGGCCUCUAGUUUUCUAAGAAAACUUUCAUUUAUCCAUUUGAUUUUAUUAAAAUUCUAG